UCCCGGUCUGUGUCCUGGUCCCGGUCCGUGUCCCGGUCCCGGUCCGUGUCCCUUUCCCGGUGUGUGUCCCGGUCCCGGCCUGAGACCGUCUCCCUCGGUAGAUUCACACCUGAACCCACACGCGCGUGAUGGAGGAUUUUUUUUCUCAGGUUUGGUUCGUUGGUUCUGUGGAAAUAACCGGAGCUGUUGUGGAUUAACGGGUCCGAGCCGGAGACAGAGACCGGGCCCCGGGCAGAGUCCGGAGCUGCAGCCGGAGACAGAGACCGGAGCCCGGGCAGAGUGUGUCCGUCUCCGAGACAUGAAGACACGCAAAGGACGAGUCGGAGCAUCUGCAAACAGAGAGAUUGAGACGUACUGGCUGAGCUAGAGAUCAACUGAACCAACUUGUGUGCACCACAACAAGUGUAGAGUCACUUUGACUCACUCCUCCUCCUUUCCCUUCUCCUCCGCAGUCUGAACCUCUCAGGUGAGGUUUGUGGCGUCGACAGCAGAGAAGAUGCUCGGAGCUGUGAUCUCUUCUCAGCUGUUCCUCAUGUUCAGUCGGUUGACAGGAGAAAAGCCGACGCCCACCUUGACCUUCUGACAUCUCCACCCUCCCCUACUCACCCUCUGGUAAAAUGUCCCAAUUUGAUUGGUCGUCACCAUGGCGACCGCUGCCUCUUAUGCCGCUGCUCAUCCUCACUUCCUGUUUCCUGUCUGAGGCAGCUUCAACCACGAACUUCCCCAAAGACCUGGAGCCAAUCAACGUGGUCAUCUCGGAACAGUCGUAUCAUUAUCCAAGUUUUCAGGGUUUACUCCGGGACAACGACACACUGCGUCUGGGCCUCGACUUUCAGAGGAUGCUACGCCUCAACCACAUGUUGUACAUUGCUGCCAGAGAUCACGUGUUCGCGGUGAAUCUGACGACAGCGGUGGACCAGUUGAUUCCUCAGCUGAAGUUGACGUGGAAAUCUAAAGACGUGAGCAAGUGUACAGUGCGAGGAAAGAACAGUGACGAAUGUUACAACUACGUUAAAGUUCUGGUGCCAAGAAAUGACGAGACUUUUUUCACCUGUGGUACCAACGCUUUUCACCCAACCUGUCGAAAUUACAAGAUGACGACGUUAGACCAGGUGGGGGAGGAGGUGGUGGGACAGGCUCGCUGUCCCUUUGAGUCUCAUCAGUCCAACGUGGGACUGUUUGCAGGGGGGGACUUCUACUCGGCUACCAUGACAGACUUCCUGGCGAGCGACGCCAUCAUCUACAGGAGCCUGGGAGGCGGCCGACCCGUCCUCAGGACAGUCAAGUACGACUCCAAGUGGCUCCGAGAGCCUCACUUCCUGCACGCCAUCGACUAUGGAAACUACGUCUACUUCUUCCUGAGUGAGAUGGCGGUGGAGUACACGACUCUGGGAAAGGUGGUGUUUUCUCGUGUUGCUCGUGUUUGUAAGAAUGAUAAUGGAGGAUCUCCCCGAGUUCUGGAGAGAUACUGGACGUCUUUCCUCAAGGCUCGUCUGAACUGUUCGGUUCCUGGAGAUUCAUUCUUCUACUUCGAUGUUCUUCAGUCUCUCACCAAUGUUCUGCAGAUCAACCAGAGACCUGCUGUGGUUGGAGUCUUCACCACUCAGGCCAACAGUAUCCCUGGAUCUGCAGUUUGUGCAUUUUACAUGGACGACAUCGAGAAAGUCUUUAAUGGAAAAUUCAAGGAGCAGAGGACCAGCGACUCAUCCUGGACUCCGGUUCCUGACGAGCAGGUUCCCAGACCGAGACCUGGUGUGUGUGCAGGAGAUGGUUCAGCUGCAGAGUACAAGUCGUCCAUUCAGUUUCCAGAUGAGACGCUAACAUUCAUCAAGUCAUAUCCUCUGAUGGACGAUGCCGUUCCGUCCAUCAACGACAGGCCCUGCUUCACCCGCACAUCCAGCAGGUCCAAGUUGACUCAGAUCAUCGUAGACGUUUUGGCCGGUCCCUUUAAAGACCGCACGGUCAUGUUCCUGGGCUCAGACGACGGUCGAGUCCUGAAGGUUUUGGCGAGCACGCAUCCCAACGACAGCUUUGGUUCCAAGCUUCUGGAGGACAUCGACGUUUACAACCCGUCCAAGUGUAACGUUCAGGGUCAGGAGGACAGGAGGGUUCUGGGACUGGAGCUGGAUAAAGACCAUCAUGCUUUGUUUGUCGCCUUCAGCAGCUGUGUGAUCAGAACACCGCUCAGCCGCUGUCCUCAACAUGGGCCGUGUAAAAAAGCCUGUCUGGCCUCUCGUGACCCAUACUGCAUCUGGCUGCGGACCGGGAGUUGUGCCAACAUGGCGCCAGGUUUCAAAAACAAUCGACCACAUGCACAAUUAAAUGAGGAGACGUGUCAGUUUGUCUGUUGGUAAAGUCCUGCUGCAGAAAUGAAAUCCUGAACUCAGUCAUCGUUCUUUUCCUCGUCGUCGACGGAUCUGAUGAUCACUUUGUUUCCCUCUGAACCUGA